AUUCAAGUGUCACCUCAAUGCUAAACGUGUAGCAGCGAACACGGACGCCAGAGCUAACGUCAACGGGAGCAAGCAGUGUCGCCGACGCACACUCCACCAGGUGACGGGUGUCAGAGCCAAGAUGAAUAAAAGCGCAUCAGGAGAAACGGGGGGAGAACGAAGCAGCGCAGCACAUAAACACGACGGGACAACAGUCACGGUGACGGGAUGAAGGUGCUGACUUCACCGCAGGAGGUGGAGAACCGCUCACCUCUUGUUGACUCCAACAACCAUCAGAGCUGUGAGAACAGACAAGAGGAGGAGGAGGUGGAGGAGGACGCCCCCUUCUGCCCUGAAGAGGAACACACAAACGGCACAGAGAAGAACCACCCCGGGCCAGAGGGAGGAGUAAUAUGGAGAGUGGGCGGCGGCCUGUUUAGCAUGACACGAAGCGCUGUGGGUGCGACCCUCUGUGGGGUUGCAUGGGUAGGAACAAAAAGCUUUGAGCUCACCAAAACGGCUGUGAGCAGCGUACCGGCAGCCAGCGUAGGACUGGUCAAAGGCAGCGUUUCUGUGGUCACAGGAGGCGUCGGCGCAGUGGGCUCUGCUGUGGCAAGUAAAGUCACACCAAGGAAGAAGGACAAAGCUGACUGAUGACAGUUGACUGUGUUGGAGCGCGCGCGUGUGUGUGUGUUUAAUGCGAACAAGAUACCUCGGCUGCGUUGAAUGGAUUUUUAUCAUAGUUCCUCUGAUUCACUUUGUACAUUCACUCUUGCAACAAUUAAGAAACGAGCAUCUACUUAUGGCGCUUUUCCAUUAUACAGUUCUAGCACGACUCAACUCUGCUCGGUGUGGUUUCAUUUGGUUUUGAUUCUUGCGUUCGACGUCACGCUCAUGACUCUUCCAGUGACGACACUCUCACACCUGACCAACUGGUGGCCGACAUUCUGUCCAUGUUACAUUUUGUGGAGAUUCUGAUUAUCAGAUGAGACGAAAGCUUUAUUGAAGACGGCUCAGGUCCAAGGAGAACUGAGACAAAUGCCAAACAUGAACAAGGAGAUGUUAAUAGUUGGGCUUCCUUUGUCAUUCUGCCAGUGAAUCUCGGAAUUUGGUUUGCAGGAAAGGAGGCGUCCGGUCAAGAUGUCUGGCGCCUUCCUUUGCUGAUACCUAGAGUCGACCUUGGGGAGGACUGCAUAUUUGAGUUAUCGGUCCUUUGCCCCAGUAAAGUCAGGUUCAACAAAGAUAUAAUGAGGAACACUCUGUUGACAAAUGAUGGCUGCCAGGGUAACACAGAGGCCUUUGUGAUUUGCCAGUUGCAGCUGGUCUAUACUGAGUCGUUAGGUUUAAAGAAAGCUAAAGGGAAAAGCAAAUAAAAAAAAAGUCAAGCCGUCUCAGAACUAUAUAAUGGAAAAGCCCCAAUAGAAAUCAGUUGUUUUCAAUAGAAAUGUGCUUCAUUAAGAAGCACUGGCGUCAGUGGUACUAAAGUAAUCCCAGAAUUCAACACUGGAGGAUAGAACGGGAUGCAACGUUAUGCAAAUAUCCCAUCAUUUAUGGAACACGUGAGAUCUUCACAGAAAAGGACAAUACUCUAGUUCCAAUUAUAUUAAAGAAUGAGUCCAUGUAUUUUACACCUCUGUUACGUCAGUAUAGACACUGAUCUUCUUCAGUCCUCACAGGUUGGAUAUUAAAACCAGGUCCUGUUCAGAGAAUUAGACACAGGUGUAGGAAUGAAGUCCGAUUUUAACUUCAAGCAGUUUCCACAGUCACAACUGACAUGGUCUUCAAUUCUAACAGUUCAAAUCACGUUCUUCGAGUCUCAUUAUGAAAUUGUUUCAGUGUUUCAACCAGUAUUUAUUUUUAUAUAUAUACAUAAAAAAAUGUUUUCAUUGUAUCAUCAUUGUAUGUUUAAGUUUGCUCUUCGGUGGCGAUAUUAUUAGUGUGGGAGGUAACUGGAACAAACACAGAGCUCUGUCUCUCGUCAGUUUGUUUGUCGUUUUUCGGCAUGGAUAGAUAAGAUAGGAUAAGAUAAGAUAAGAUAAGAUAGCUUUAUUUAUCUCACAGUGGAGAGAAAACGGCGUUAGCACCACCUGGUGGACAUCCCAAACUGUUUCUCAGCUGUUCAAGGACAGCACCAUGGCUCUGAAUCGUGUGAUCCCUUUUAUGCAUAAUAUUGGUCCCAAAACAGCAGUACACUGUUUAAAAAUACAAUAAGUGAAUAUAAACUUCUGAGAAGUCUGUGGACCUAAACGGAAUGCUAAAUAUUUACGAGGGGGCUCGUGAUUUUGUAUAACACAUUCCUGAUUAAUCAAGUGAUCAUUUCAUUCAACAUUCAUGUUUUUGUCUGUGGAACCAAGAGAAUAUUUGUGUAAAUAUGUAGCAUGUGCGCUGAACAUGCCAAACUCACAAUUCAGUUAAAAACAGACUGCUGAAAAAUGGUUUUCUUUCACACAGACACAAAAAAACAUCUGUAAAUAUGCUUGAAUCAGUUAAAAGGAUAGUCUUUAUCUAUAGUCCAUGUUCUGAUGCUACAAUAGGUGCCUAAAAAUCUUAAGGAAUUCUAGAAGACAUGGCAUAAAGAGGGUUUUUUUUAUAUAGAUAUAUAUACAUGUAAGUGAUUUUUGGUCCCAUCAUGAUGUAACAGUAUUUCACCUUUCACAUUUGCUUGAAUUCUGUAAUUUCAUUGUUGCUGUGAAGUUUAAAUCCUCCAUUUUGCUGCAUGCUUCCGAAUUGUUUGACAUUCAGACAAAAGGCUUUUUCCUCUCUCUCUCUCUCUGUCUCUCUCUCUCUCUCUCUCUGUCUCUUUUAUUUUGGCCUCAGAUCCCCCACUCUAUCUCUGUCCCUUUCUGAUAGUUUGUAACCCUGAUACUUUUUAAAGCAGUUUUGUGUAUUAUAGAAUUAUUUUUGCAAAAGACUGAAUAUUCUGUGAAAAUAAAAAAAACAGCUGUGUUUUCUUUGAAGGAAACCUCAAAUCCC